AUGGCCAUGCAUCAGCCUUCGCGAUGCAAAGUCAUUCCGGAACAUCGGAGUGAAGACUCCGGCACAACAGACCGAGCUCCCCCAGCAUUGCUGGGCAAAGCUCUGAGAACGGAUGACUGCGACAACGAGCGAGAUCUCCUCGAUCCUUUCGGUUUGCCAUACAUCCGUCCAUCGCAUCACGUCAGCCAAGCAGAGUCUCUUGCCAGAGGUCAGUUUCCAACCGCAGCGAAGCAGAUCCUGCAUGACUUACGUCACGGAGUCCACGACUCCAAGAGAAGGGCAAGCGACCCUGCCAUCCAUUCUCAAGAAUUCAGUGGGGGGCAUGCCCGCAAGCGUGCCACAAUCUGCACGGACAACGUGGAGAUGGAGCAUCCCUUUGCCGUAAACGGUGCAGCAAGCUUCGGAGCAGACUUGGCAGCAACUUGGGGACCAAGCCGCCGUGAGGAGGCGCUAAGCCCGGGCCUCCUGAGCCGCUUCAGCCUCGAAGGCCUCGAAGGCGUUGAAGGCGCUGAAGGUGUUGAGCCCGUGGUUCUAGGAGUUCCGCUGAUCGAGCUCCAGGAGCCUCCGAAGACUCUUGAGGAGACUCUUAAGGAGGCCAAGGAGGCCGGAAGAAAAUCCCAAAAGGCCUUGGCAAAGCAGUCCUCAAGAAUCUCAGUUGCCACGUCAAGUAUGAGAUGGAGGCAGCCGGAAUGCACCCUCAUCAUCGUGGACUGGGAUGACACGAUGUUUCCUACGACUUGGCUGCAGCAGAAGGGUUGGUUCGCCCAGUGGGUGACGUGCGGAAAGCUUGGCACCUUCAUGGAACGGGACGAACUAACCAUCCCACCAAACGAUUUGGCUUUGAUAUCGGAGCUGGACACUGUCCUGGAAGCAUUCUUGUUGUCUGCCUGUGCGCUUGGACAAGUCAGUUGUGUAACUUUGGCCCGCAGACCUUGGCAAGACCGAACGAUGCGGGCUUUCCUUCCCAAGUUGUCAUCUGCCUGGGACAAGCACUUUGUUGUCGUGCGCUAUGCCCGUGAGGAGAGGUUGGUGCAAACAGAUGACUGUGGCUUCACGCCGUUGGACAAGCAAGACCUCGAGAUGGUGAGGCAAGGGACGUUCGCAAAGAAGAAGCAGAAGUCCAUGGAGCGCCUGCUGCGAAAGUUCUACAAGAAAGGAAGCUGGAAAAACGUGAUAAGCCUCGGCGACGGUCCCGCAGAACGCCAGGCUCUUCAAGAGAUCGGCUUCCGCCAUCUCAAUCCAGCGAGUCCCAAGACGGGAGAGCAGAAAACCUUCAGGACCAAGACCGUCAAGAUGUUGGAGGAGCCAGAUUGCUCUGAGCUCGUCGCCGAGCUUCAGAUGGUGCAAGCCUGGCUCCCUGCACUGGCGUCCACAGACGAGGACAUUGACAUCGAUCUUGCUGAAGGCGAGGAGGCGCUUCUGGACGUUCAUCAGCAACUGAUGGAUGUUGUCGAGAGCGGCUCCAGAUCCUCAAGCCCUGUCAGUUCUGUGAGUUCACCUCGCUGUGCUCCCUUCCCUGCCGGGAAGAGUCGCGAGGGGAAUCGAUGA